AAAAAUGAAUAAUUCCUUACAGCUCUUGAGAUUGUUAGAUGAGAAGUGAAAAAAUUGUGAAGAUUGAUGUAUAGAAGGAGAGUGAAAAAGCCUCGAUCAGUGAGAGGAAAAAAUUCCUCCUGUUCGAUUAAUAACUUUUAUUGCAGUUAUAUGAAUAUUUAUUAUUCUCUCAAUCGUCUUCUUUUUAUAUCUGUACAUAAAGCAUCGAAUCUAUGAGAAAUAAGGAAAAACAGCAAGAAGAGAAGAAAGAUGAAAAAUAUGAUGAAAAGCAUAAAAACGAUUGAAUUGUUUAUGGCUUUGAAUACAACCCUCAUCCACCGAUCCAAAAAGCUCGCUUAGACAUAGUCUACAACGAAUCCUUCGUCAGCCAAAUUGCACCCAAUGCUGUCCUAGAUGAAAAUUUUGCUUUCCAAAUUACACCUACCAAAAAUCAGAAGAUAUUAGUGCAUGAUUACACCUGACCAAGCACUUCUCCAGAGCAUAUCACUAAUAACAGGCAAACAACAGAGAAUAUCUUCUCACAACCAGACCAGAGUAUGGAAGCCUGCUGCAAUUUUAACACCUUCAAAGACCAUGAAACCAACUCUCUCGCUAGCACAAGGAUUGAUAAAUUUAAAGAGAAAGACAGAAGAAUCCCAUUUAAGUCUUCGAGAUCUAUACCAAAAAGGAAAGGACAGAAAUUGCUACCGAAAAGAUGGAAAACAAAGUGCCUUCCCUUGGUGAAGGGAGAUCAAAGUAUUCCCAACUGUGAUGAAGAUUAUUAA